AUGGCUGCCAACAAUACACCAAGACUUCCUAUGCAACCAACUUUUCCUGGAUCAUCCGCGCAAGUGGUGCCACAGAUUAACAGAUCUUGGCAACAAAUCCAGCCUCCAAGCGUCCAAAACACUCAAAUACAGCAGCCUUCCCAAAGCAGCCCGACUGUACCAAAUGCAGGACCAAAUCCUCUCGCUGAUCCUAACAUCGUACAGAGGCAAAUUCAAGAGUUCAAUAGGCUUCAAGUCAUGUUGCGGCAUAUUCAACAACAGAGGCAAAGACAGCAACAACAGCAUCAGCAACAACAACAGCAACAAAGACGACAGCAACUGCUUCAACAAAUUCAGGCGAUCCAAAGAGCAAGGGCCCAGGGAGUCAAUCCACAGAAUACGGGAUCAGGACACGCUUCUAAAAUUUCCCAGAUGGAAAAAAUGAUAAGAGACAUGAUCAAAUACAGAGACCAGUUAAAAAAAGAAGCAGCUUUCCGACAAAAGACGAGGCAGGUUGAAGCAACUAAUGCGUUACAAAGGGAAGAUGUUAGGGCUGGUCCAUCUAUAUUGGUCAUGGACAAAGAAAUGGUCACUGAAAUCCCUGUAGUGACGACAAAGAAACCGAAUGGAAGUCAGGGACAGAGUAUGAUUGUUUUUGCAAAAACUGCGAAUAUCCACUCAAACGUUGAAUCACAAACAAAUAACGCAGCGGACCAGAAACAGCCGGAGCCUGCAAGACAACCAACUUCUACAACAUCAAAUCCAUUGGUAUUACAAAAUCAAGGCCAACAGCAACAACAACAAUUUGUAAUGCAGCAUCAACCUAAUAGUAUGCCUCAACUUCAUUUACCGCCUCUACAAACUGUUCAAGUACCCAAGAUCCCUACAGAAGUCGCAACUUUUGGACAGAAUUCUCAGAAAAGCCAUCAUGUCAUGCCUUCCCAAAGUCUACCUCCAGCCCCAGGUCACCAUCCAACCAUUAUGAACAACAAUCAUCAAAUUGUACCUCAUAAAAAUGUUAAUCCAGGUCAUCCUCACCAAAAUAGAAACGCAGCACAUAUCAACAACCGUACAGUAAACAGCAACCAUGGUCAACAACAUCAACAAAUUCAACCAAAAGGCAACCAGGGUAGAGUACCACUUCCAAAUAGACCACCUCAAAUUCAGUUACCUCCUCUAGGGAAUGUGCAACAACAACCUCCUAUUGAGCAAAGAACUCCACCACCUCUUGUUCAGUUACCAACACUGAAUUUACUGUCAGUGAAAAACCAACAACCAAGGAUUCACACUGGCCCACGACCUUCCUCCGCAGGAUCAAGCCUUGAACAAGUUCAUGUAGGCCAUCACACAUCUGGAAGCCAAAUGCCGUCUCAUCAAAACAACCAUAUCCAUUCAAUUAUAAGCACGGAGCCACCUAGAAAAUUGAACCUAGAACGACAUCAGUUUCAACACACAACAACUUCAACAACUACUCCACUUCCAGUUCAUUUCCAAAAACCAAUUUUUAAAAGACAAUUCAUGAAACGUCCUCCGAGACCAAGACCAGUAGGUACGACCACUACAGUAGCGACAACAACAACAAAAUCUACAACAACCCCAGUGCCUUUUUUCCAUCAUCAGAAUCCGUUACCGUAUAAUCCUAACUCCCAUGUUCAGUCAGGAGCAAUGAGACAAGAAGUACGAACUGUCCCGCCAGUCGUUACUCCACCAUCACAACAAUACAUUCCUACGACUCUUCCAAAUACAACACCAAAACCCUCUCUUAAUGACUAUUUCAACAGGAUGUCUAGGCCAAGACCACAGAAAGUUAGAAUCAGUUUUAGAAAACAGAAUUCACUUGCUGGAAGUGCAGAUAUUCCUGUUCAGCAAGUAACAACCCCCGCACCUAUUCCAACACAGCCCACAGUGAUUCCAUUUGUUCCAACGUCACCCAGGUACCAGCCAGAACCAACAACACAGCCUCCAAUUGUACAAACACUGCCAACCUAUCAACCUGCACCGCAAGGCAUUCCAGUGUAUCAACAACCAGUAGAACAUGUUCCUAAUCUUCUUCCCCCUCCUCCUCCGCUGCCAACAGUACAGCAAGUGCAAAAUUACCAGACGAAUUAUAAUCAUCACCCUCUACCUGCACGGCUUCAUGUAUCAACAGAACCGAGUAUUCAAUAUUACACAACUACAAGUACCGCUCCACAUCAUCAGAGAAUAAAUCAUCACGGUGGACAAACAAUGCCUCCUCUACAUCCGAUUCCCAACUUUAACAAGAAUCAGAAUGCACAGCCUAAUGCCAAUAGAUAUGUUCAACCAGCAACGACUACUCAAGCUACCACACUUCAUUUAAGCCACUUGCAGAAAUGGGAGGCUGAAAUGAAAAUUAAUACACGUCAAUCAAAUUCACAAUCUAGUCAAGGCAACAAAGGUGUUCCUAUACAUCACGGAGUGACAACAACAACAACUACAGAAAGACCUCGUUUUAAUCAUCCUACCCCACAACGCACAGACAACCCACUUGCAAAGUUAUUGAAGCUGUUACAACGGAAAAGGUCAUCCAUUAAGUUUGCAACAGAUCGGCAGAACCAUCAACGCAAUUCAGGAAAUGAACAACGAAACAUGCCAGUAACAACCACUGAAAGACCUUUAGAGCACAGAUCAUUCCAACAUACACAACGCAAUAGACAGUUAAAAAGAAAUAAUUUUGGACAAGUGCCAAGACCAACACAGACUCCUCAAACAAGCCCAUGGUCUAGCAAUAGACUCCCGACAGCUGAUCCGACCGCUUCAACAAAAAUGCAGACAGCUAGGAAUAAUUUCCGGCGCUUUGAUGUUUCACCUUUCUCUACAAGACUCCCGGUGAAUAACCGUAAUUCUCGUAUACAUCCAACAAGUAUCCCUUCAAUCCAAAGAGCGGCUAACUCAAAUAGGCAUAGGCAACCGCCUGCUUUAACAAACACAAGAAAUAGAAAUAUUCCACAAAGACGACAGCCAUUUCGAAACGCCGCCAAAGAAGUGAAUCAAAGAAAGAAAACUAACACCAAACCAGCUGGUCCUGUAAAUCCUGCUCAACUUUUGAUUGCGGCACUAAUACAAGCUCUCCAGAGUGGAAAUUUAUUGAAACAGCUUCAAAAACACCAACAAAGCCAACAACAGUCGAUGCAUCAACCAAUCCAUGAACAUCAACCAGUUGAGGAAAAUCACUUCCAACCACCACCUCCUCCCCACAAUCAGCCAGUUGAACAACAGCAAGAACUUACGUUAAACAUAAAAGAACAAAACCAAGUUGAUGUGCCGUAUCACCAUACGCAAGAAAACCAUGUGCAGCAACAUGCAUUCCAGCCACACACUGAGAGACAUCAACACUUUGGAAAUGGAAACCAAAACAGUAAUCACCACGAAAUUAUACGAUAUAAUACAAAGCCACAAAAGAAGGCGCCAAAAGAUAUGCCUGAUCUGAGUAUGUUACAGGAUCAGGAUGUUCAGUUCACUGAUGUGAAUACAGGCUUUGGCGGAGAGUCCCCACCUCCGGUCAUUAUUCAAAGAAUACCUAAAAAUUCACGAUCAAGGUCUAACGGUAAUUCAAACAGUGUUUCGUAUGAAUUCCCAACAAUGGCUCUUCAUGAGAACAGCGCAGUUGUUAUAGAUACAUCAAACGGAGAUAGUGAUGAUACAAAUUCAACAUCCGAUAAAAUAAGUUCAAAUUUUACUGAUGAUGAUGAAGUCGCUCUUCCUAAACUUUCCACCAUAUUUGCAAGUAAAACGACUGUGAAAGCAGUAGUGUAUUCAACAACUACCAUUCCAACCACAAAUACCAACAAGAUCGAUCUUUCAAAAUCAGAUUCCGAUAUGAAGGAAGACAUAAAUGAAGUAAAAGGUAGUGAAAAGAUUGACACUGUAUUGAACAACAACUACCUUCUCUACUACAACUACACCAACGACCACUUCCUUAAGGACAACUACAGUGAAACCAUUGGUGACCGAAACAACAACUCUGAGUACAACUUCAACAACAGGAAAACCAAUAACUACGACAACUACAACAAAGAAACCAAUAACGACAACAACCACAACAACAAAACCAAUAACGACAACAACACCGUUACCAGUUACUCUUCCACAAUGGAUCAGAGAAACAACACAGUAUACAACGGAUAUGUCACCAUUUACGUUUCCAACAACAAUUGA